GAAAGCAGAAACGAGAGAAUGAUGAAGCGGUGAAAAUGUAGAGAAAGUGAGUGACUGAUUCUUUUGUUUGGAUCCAAAAAGUUUCCUUUCUUUUUCUUUUUUCUUUUUAUUACACAUUCUUGCUACCCAAACAGAUUAUUAGCUUCACCCCUCACUCUCUACUCUCUUUUCACUAAAAAAAAUCUUUUUUUUUUUUUCUUUUUUGCAAGUUUCUGUUCUCUUUCCUUAAAACCCUCUUGCACUACCCAACAAAGUGAUAUAAAGAAACUAAAACUAAGCACUAAAAGCAUUAAUCUUUAGCUUCAAAGACAGUGAACUAUCAAGAAAAGUUUCAAUCUUUUUUUUUUUUCUUUUUCUUUUUGUUUCUUGAGUUUUUGUUUUUGUUUUUAUAAGAGAUUGAAUUUUUAGCCAAAUGGGAGCUAGGUGCUCCAAAUUAUCACUCUGUUGGUGGCCAUCUAAUCUCAAAUCAAACCUCAAUGAGUCUUCUGAUCUUGAGAAUGGUGACUUGCUUCCUGGGUUUAAAGAGUUUAGCUUGGAACAGCUACGAGCUGCUACUUCAGGUUUUAGUACAGACCAUAUUGUAUCAGAGCAUGGUGAGAAAGCUCCCAAUGUAGUUUAUAAAGGCAGAUUUCAAGAUGAUAAUCGUUGGAUCGCCAUCAAAAGAUUCAACAAGUCUGCUUGGCCUGAUUCUCGCCAGUUCCUUGAGGAGGCUAGAGCUGUGGGGCAGUUGAGAAAUGAGAGAUUAGCCAAUUUGAUUGGCUGUUGCUGUGAAGGAGAGGAGAGAUUAUUGGUAGCUGAGUUUAUGCCUAAUGAGACCCUAUCUAAGCAUCUUUUCCAUUGGGAGAACCAGCCCAUGAAGUGGGCAAUGAGAUUGAGAGUGGCUCUCUUUCUGGCUCAAGCUCUGGAAUACUGUAGCAGUAAAGGAAGGGCCUUGUAUCAUGACCUUAAUGCAUAUAGAAUUUUGUUUGACCAGGACGGCAAUCCAAGGCUCUCCUGCUUUGGCCUGAUGAAGAAUAGCAGAGAUGGCAAGAGCUAUAGUACAAACUUGGCUUUCACCCCUCCUGAGUACCUGAGAACUGGAAGAGUCAUACCAGAAAGUGUGGUUUACAGCUUUGGCACACUAUUGCUUGAUCUUCUCAGUGGCAAGCACAUACCUCCAAGCCAUGCAAUUGAUCUGAUACGUGGAAAGAACUUUUUGAUGCUGAUGGACUCGUGUUUGGAGGGUCAUUUUUCAAAUGAUGAUGGAACUGAAUUAGUGCGAUUAGCUUCACGCUGUUUACAGCAUGAACCCCGUGAGAGGCCAAAUGCAAAGACCCUUGUCACUGCUCUUACUCAUCUUCAGAAAGAAACAGAGGUUCCGUCCUAUGCUUUGAUGGGGAUUCCACAUGGAGCUGCAUCCCCAAAGCCAACAGUGUCAUUGACACCUCUAGGUGAAGCUUGUUCAAGAAUGGAUCUUACUGCAAUACAUGAGAUUCUGCAGAAGGUGGGAUAUAAAGAUGAUGAGGGGAUUGCAAAUGAGCUUUCCUUCCAAAUGUGGACAGAUCAAAUACAGGAAACACUCAAUUGUAAGAAACGUGGAGAUGCUGCUUUUAGAACUAAAGACUUUGCUACAGCCAUUGAUUGUUACACACAGUUUAUUGAUGUUGGGACCAUGGUAUCACCGACUGUAUUUGCCAGACGCUGCUUGUGCUACUUGAUAAGUGACAUGCCACAAGAAGCCCUUGGAGAUGCCAUGCAAGCUCAAGCAGUAUCUCCUGAGUGGCCCACUGCCUUCUAUCUCCAAGCUGCGGCACUCUUCAGCCUCGGGAUGGACAGUGAUGCACAGGAAACUCUGAAAGAUGGCACAACCUUGGAAGCCCAAAAACAUAGAAACUGAAGUCUGAAAGUGUAUAGUUAUUAAAAAAAAGAAAAAGAAAAAGAAACAAAAUUCUUUAUCCAUUUAAAAAACUCCUUGUAUCCCAUCUUUGCUUAUUUAUUUGGCAUUUUGAGUUUCUGCAGCACCAGAGCUA